AAUGGAGAAGGAUAUACUUAACAAAAAAAACCAUUUUAACAAUUUAAAUACUAAAGUCUUAGAAUAUAAAAAUCGCAUUACCAGAAACACGACUCAACAUUCGGUCAUUACAGACCACAGAAUUAGCUUGUCACACGAAUUUGACUGGAACAAUGUGGAAAUUAUGAUUUCCACAUUGAAGGAAAAUAAACAGAGAAAAAGUUUUGAAUAAAAGAUUAACAUCAUUAACAAGAAAUGAUUUUUAUACGAAAACAAAAGCAGCAAUUUUAAUUUAAAAAUAAUUUUUGUGAUAAUUUAUUUACAUUACUUACCUAUAGUUAAUUGGUUAAUUAUCUAAUUAAUUGUUUAAAUCGUUUAAUUAAUAUAAUUAUUAUAAUAGCAACUUACUUUUAAAUUAAUAUAGAUAAUUUAUCUAUAAUAAUUAAUAUAGAUAAUUAUUAUAGAUAAUCUUUAUUUCUAUUUACGCGAGUUAACGUGAUCAAUAUCGAUGUAUCUCGGUGUUGAUAUGAAUCUAGUUUCUUCGUAGUGAUAUUUUAGCAGUGUUUAAAUAAAUCUUCUUCACUUUUUAAUGUGGAAUACCAACGAUGUAAAUACAAAUUCACGUUUCAUUCUUUUAAUAAUUUUUAUUAAUGUACGUACUUACAUUUUUAUCAUCUCACAAAGUCUGUGUCCACGGAUUCUUCAAAGACCUUCGUACCUUCAAGAACCACCGCCAUUGCUAAUCCGCGAGUAUAUCUCCAAAGAGACGCCAUAUUGUCGGCGCUGAUACAUGGCAUACCUCUGAAAAAACAAGCAGUACAGAUCAACAUAAGUUGUUUUAUAUAUGUUUAAUAUUAAGCUUUUAAAUUAAUAUCCAUUGUGCGUUUCAUUUAAUAUUUAUUUAGAAAACUGUUUCUCCAAUUUUAUUUCUUAUUCCUAAUGUCUAAUAUUCCUCUAUUGAGCGUAGAGAUUUGAGCGUAGAGACUAAGUUAUUUUUCAAAAAAAUAUUUUUUACUUAUUUUUUUUUUCAUUUCUGUUUUCUAGCAUGGAGACCGAAGAGAAAUCAUGCAGGCGGACGCAGAGGUCUCAAAACCUUUUUCAUUUUUUAUUCAAUCAUAGUGAUCAAUACCAUAUACCAUAAUCAUUAUUACAGAGAUGUUCCAUUUCAGUCAUUCUACCUGCACCUUAUAACCCAUAAAAGAAAUAUAAAAGUUCUUGAUUAUGUGGAUGAAUUUUUAAUAGCAUUAAUAUCACAGAAAUAUAAGCGUAGCACCAAUAUUUUCCUGUAAUAUUUUCCAGGGUAAUAAUUUUCGACAGGGUAAUAAUACGCCUGUCGAAAAUUUAUAUUACUAUGCGUGUUACGUUGAACAGUCAAAUAUUGUUUAUAUAAUUAUAUCAAUAGAAUUGUUAGCACGUUAUCAAUAUCAUAAAGGAAUUACAAAACAUCAAGUGUAUCUAUUAAUAAUUAAUAAUAAGAUAGUUGUUCGCCAGACACUCGGAAAAAAAAGCUGUAAAGUAUUAUCUUAUCGUUGCGUAUAAUUAUGACAACAAGUCAGUCGUGAUAAUUUUCCGACGACGAAAUAUAUUUUUACUGCGAACAGAAACGAGAGCCUUUAUCUUCUGUUUGCCGAUGGCAUGAGCGCGUUCGCCGCAUGUGUAUGUACAAUCUACCGAUAAAGCUUGCACCGUGAGAGCGUCCGUGAGCGACCGGCCCGUGUACGUACAUACGCGAGUCUCAGGUCGUCUGACGUAACGUACGUAAUUGUCCGGUGUACAUGUAUCCGGGGAAUAUGCGAAACAAGAGUGGCAUUAUGUCCCUCGCGUACUUGCACGAAACCCGUCGUACCGUUUCCCGCGUGAAUGAACCGAAUCUUUAAGCGAAGGAUGAUUCUCGUUUCGAUUUUUCAGAUAUGUCUCCGCCUGCUCCUCUCUUCUCUCGAAAUGUGAAUCAAAACAUGAGCGAGAAUGACGAAGUCAGCAAGAGAGAGGACACGAUAUCUUUGAAGUACUAUAUCGCACACGUGCUUCUAGUACUCGGAUAUGCCCGGAUCUGGCCCGUUAAGACGUUUUCGCUAAUAACAGCACUGAUUUCAACCGGCGGGACGAUUUUCUUUAUAUUGAUAAACUCCGUGCUCCUGUUCUCGGAAAUAGUUGCGGUUACGAUGAACCACGAUCUGAGAUUAUUUGCUAAUAUCAUCGGAGUAAUCGGCAUGCAUGCAGUAGGCUUGAUAAAAUGGUGUUAUUGUUUGUAUAAAAAUAAAGAAAUUGUCGAUAUCGUAACGAAGUUAGGAAGUUGUCACGUACUUUGUCAACGACUCGAUGACAGCGAGGAAGGGUGUCAAACAUAUAACAACGAAAUGGAAUACGCACGCAAAUAUUCCCUUUACUUCUUAUGGUGUUGGACAUUUGCUUGCAUCUACGGCGUUCUACAUUGGUGUGCCAAUCCAUUGCUUCUAGAAUGGACACUCGAUCAGAUAAGCGCGAUUAAUCAGACAUCUAAUCAAAGAAUUUUGCCAUUUGUCGCAUGGUAUCCGCUAAAUACCAACAAUAUUUAUAACUACGUUAGCCUGUAUCUUAUGCAACUAAUCGGUGGAAUAUCUCCUGCUCUCGGAAUUAUUUGCUACGACACUUUUUACGUCACCAUGUUGAUGGUCAUCUACGUACAAUUUCAUUACAUUACCAUGGCAAUGAAAAAAACCGACAAUAUUUUUGCUAACGAAUCAGAGGCCAUGUUCAAUCUCGAGAAGAAAUUAAAAAACUGUGUGGAUUGCCAUGUGGAAAUUAAAACAUUUCUAAAAAUGCUACAAGCCUUUAGCGGUCCAACAAUGUUCGCGCAAUGCAUCGAAACAUUAAUUAUCCUCUGUUUAGUCUCGUUCGAAGCAUCAGUAAUUAAAAUUGCGUUUGACAUGGAAUCCAUCUUGAAACUAUGGUCUUUGCUCGAGUACUUUUUAGCCGCCGCCUUUCAAUUGUACAUCUUCUGUUUCCUUGCCACUCAAAUCGAAUACUUGGGCCUGAAAAUGGCGGAUUCAGUAUAUUGUUGCGGAUGGGAAUUGCUGAUCUUUGGAAAAAGUAAGCUCUACGGAAAAGAAUUAAAAGGCCGUGAUAUCGGUCGAUUAGUGCAAGUCAUUAUGAUACAGGCACAGAGGCCAAUUGUUUUAACAGGCGGUCCAUUUUAUGUUCUUUCAUUAGAAACUUUCCGAGUUAUAAUGAGUAUGGCAAUAUCAAAUGCUUUAAUAUUGCAUACACUCAUUAAUAGAGAUGAAUAAACAGAGGUGAAUUUAAAUAUUGUUUGACAAACAGCAAUAAUAAAAAUAAAAUGUAAUUCACGAUAUAUUGCACAUAAUAAAAGAUAGCUAUUUUCACACAUACAA